UUACGUUGGUUACUAUACUUGUGUUCACCCAAACCGGAUCUGACGUCGUCGUCUGCUCCAAAAUUUGAAGUUUGUUGUACAUGCACUGUCUGGAAAGCGUGCUUAGGUUUAGAUAUCUUCUAAUUGAAUUGAGUUUACACAACAGCGCCUUUGAGCUGGAUCUGUAGUGAAGAGAUACUAACCUUUCACUGCUACCAGUGGCACCAAAUCACCAACCUUUCUUACUGCCAGUGGAAGUAACUCAUCAACCUUUCACUGCGAUCAGUGGAACCAGAUCACCAAUCUUAAACUGCUCUUACUGGAACCUGGAGCCCAUUUGGAUCUGUAGAGUGGACAAGUGUUCGGUGGGCACAUCUUUUGGAGUGGGUCUGAGAUGGGUGGAGGGGUCCAAGAGGAGGCGGGUAACCGCGGGCCAAGCUACACGGUGACGUGCGAGGACUACGUGCACGUGGUGGAGUUCAGUCCCUUUGACUCGGGGUCACCCGGCUCGCUGCUCGCCUACGGGGGAAACCUGUUCGUGGUGGUGGCAGUAUGUCGUUUCCAGGAGGAGGACCUGGAGGUGGAGGGGCUGGAGUUUAACACCCUACGUGUGUUCCAUCACGGGGUACGUGUCGACACUCUGGCCUGGAGUCCCGAGUCACGCUUGGAUAAGCUGCCUCAGGUCAUCAGAUUUUGCACUGCAGCUGCUGACAACAAACUGAGAGUGCUAACUUCUGACCUGAAGGACAGCCAUGAAGUAAAGGAAAUCGAGGGCCAUUCAAGCUACAUCAAUCACUUGGUGUUCGAGCCCGUGGAAGGCAAGCAGAUCGCGUCAGUUAGCGAUGAUCAUACUUGCAGGGUUUGGGAUCUGGAUGGCAAAGAAACCGCAUUGUUUAAGCUUCGGUCACCUGGUAUGAGUGUGUGCUGGCACCCGGCGGAAGUGCUUAAGCUGAUGGUGGCAGAGAAGAGGGGGACGAUUCGUUUCUACGACCUGCUUUCCCAGCAGGCCAUUCUGUCUCUGGACUGCGGGCAGAUCCCCCUCAUGUCGGCCGACUGGUGCCUUGCCAACUCCAUCAAGGUUGGAGCGGUGGUGGGCACCGACUGGGUCAUAUGGGACGUCACCCGUUCCAGUUAUCCCCAGAGAAAGAAGCCGUGCCAUGUAGACCGAGCUCGUCUCUUCAGGUGGUCGAGGGCCAAUGAAAAUCUUUUCUCCACUACUGGGUGUCCGGGGAAGAUUAAUAGCCAGCUGCUAGUACACCACCUGGGUCAUCCACAGCCAGUGAUGAUUGGUUCAUCCACUGUUGGGGGCGGGCUCAGCUGGCACCGCAGCCUACCACUGUGUGUGACGGGCGGCGACAGGAAGCUCUCAUUCUGGAUGACGGAAAUGUGACCAAUAAGGAACGGUUCGGUGAUUUGAGAACAAAUAAGUGCACUGCUAAUUGAUGAAGAUGGUCUAUUUUGAUACGCUUUUGUGUUUUUGUUUUGUUGUAGCAAUAAAGCUCUAGUUUGAAUGAG